AUGGCCAACGUACGCUUCGCGGUCGGCAUCCAGCGCCUGAUCCCUUUCCUCGGAUACCAUCAUGUCUUGAUGAUCCUGAUCGCCAUUGCUAUCAUCCUACUCUCCCUCCUCCUCGCCGGCUGCUCCUCCUCCUCGCCCCUCAUCCCCGGCAUCUUCAUCAUCUCCUUCUACUACCAAAUGUACACCCCCGUCUACGACCCGACCCAAGUCGACCCGGGCGUCACCGCCGCCAUCGCCAACCUCGUCGGCGACGCCCAGCUCGAAGUCCGCGUCGGCUACUUUGGCGUCUGCGUCAACCCGGACGGCGGCAGCUUCCUGUGCUCCAACAACGUUACCCUACUCGCGGAGCAGAUCAGCAUCGACGAGGACCCGUUGAAUCUGAUCUGGGUAGCGGAGACGUUCAAGGACUCGGUCGUGUUCCCAUACCUCCUCAUCGUCGCCAUCGUCCUCGCAUUCGUGGUCUUCCUCCUUCUCGCCACCUUCCCAGGCUGGCACGAAGAGCGCGACGCCCGCACCGGCUCCGAUGUCGACAUCAAGCCCUUCCCCUCCCGCCCCGUCUCCCAGGCCGCUUUGGCGCUGAUCUUCAUCUCCUCCAUCUUCGUGCUCGUCAGCGUGCUCUGGCAACACACGGCGUCUGUCGCUGCCGCACAAGUCGCGCAGGAUUUUGGAAACGGGAGCGUGAGGAGUGGGGUCGGCACUAGCGCGAUGGUGUUGGGGUGGUUCGGGUUCGCGUUGUUGAUUAUUGUUACGAUUGGGCUGUUGGUGAUGAUUUUGAGUAUUCAUCUGUUGGAUCGGUUGACCGAUUGA